AAAAUGGUGAAGAAAAAUCUGUAGCUGAAGCACUUUCAGACUUAGAUAUAUCACCAGAUGUAUUUUUGCAUAAUCAGAGACAUCCUCAGAGAGAUGGAAAUGCAAAAUGGAAACUCUCAGAUUUGUUUAUUGGUGAACUUGGUGCACCAUUUUAUAUCCAAGA